AUGAUGUGUUUAGUUUGGACAGCUAAAGGAGUAGAUAAACUGUUGGAUAAUCGAAGAGAAGCAAGUUUAGAAAAACUGAACCAAUUUCCGAGCACAUUAUUAUUCAAUGAACCUAAGAUUGUUAAAAUGAGCAUUGGCCAAAAACACUCAGCAUUUAUAUCAGAUGACGGGUCCCUGUACUGUUCUGGAAAUAACGAGUACGGACAGUGUGGAAGCAAACCAAUGAAUGUGACAACAGAAAGCACAUUUUUAGUAUACUCAAAGGACGAGAAGAAAGAAGAUAUAGUGCCACUAAGAAAGGUGGAAUUUAAGGAAAAGGUAAAAAUAAAGGACGCAGUAUGCGGUGCAACACACACAUUAUGCGUCGACACACAAAACAAUAUUUACUCGUUUGGAGACGACUCGUCAAUACAAUUGUUCUUUGGAGAUAGCAGAGGAAGAUCAAAUAAAUUCCAUAGAGAUUACGCAGGAUUCUUCAAGGACAAAGACUACGGUGUAACAUCCCCAAUAGUAUAUGGGCAGAAAGAAAGGCACCUACAAUACGUGCCAGUGAAAGUUAAUAACUUGGGAUUCUUGGAUAAGUACCAACAAAUAAUUAAGGAUUCCAAGGUGAAACUAGCAGCUGGGGACGGGUUUACAGUUAUUUCAAUACAACCGGAUGACGAGAGAGGGAAUGAAUCAGUAAUUUUGUCAAGCGGAAAUAACACAUUGGGGCAGUGCGGAACCUUAGAUACAACAACAUACGUGGCAAAGAAGGUUAAGCUGCCAGAUAAAUCAAACUGCGAAGAAAUAACGUGUGGAAAGGCACACUGUAUGGUGCUGACAAAGAGUAAUAAAGUAUGGGCUUGGGGAAACAAUCAAGAAGAUCAAAUAUAUCCAAUGAAAAAAAAUAUCGUCCACACGCCGGAAUCAGUGAAAGUCACACACACGGGGGAGGGUUCCCAGGAACCAAGAGUAGAGUAUAUAAAGUGCUCAUACAACAAUAGCGUGAUAAUAACUAGCUAA